UAUAAACUAAGUAGUUAGAAUGGCUUGACCCUUAGAAUCUAUAUAUAUAGCCAAAGUUUGAGACAUUAGCAUUGUGGCAAAAGUUAGAAAAACACAAACACAGAAAAAGACAGACACAAUGAGGAGCAAUCAUGUGCGUUUGAACUGUGGCAUUACAAUGCCUCUUAUAGGAUUAGGCACUUAUUCCUUCCCAAAUGAUAGGAACACAACAGAACUUGCCGUCCAUUAUGCCCUUGAGAUGGGUUAUAGGCAUUUUGACACAGCAAAGAUAUAUGGUUCUGAGCCAGCAGUGGGCAAGGCCUUGAAUGAGGCAAUCUGCGAGGGAGUAGUGGAGAGAGAAGACAUUUUCUUAACGUCAAAACUGUGGGGGAGUGAUCACCAUGAUCCUGUUUCUGCAUUGAAACAAACUCUAGAGAAUCUGGGUAUGGAGUAUCUAGACAUGUACCUAGUGCACUGGCCAGUGAAAUUGAAGCCAUGGGUUAACUACCCUGUACCCAAUGAAGAUGACUUUGAAAAGUUGGAGCUUGAGAACACAUGGGCAGGGAUGGAGAAAUGCCUUGAAAUGGGGUUGUGCAGGUGCAUUGGGGUUAGUAAUUUCUCUAGCAACAAGAUUGAGUCCUUAUUGGAUUAUGCUUCUACAACUCCAGCUGUAAAUCAGGUGGAAAUGCAUCCAAUGUGGAGGCAAGAAAGGCUUAGAAAGACCUGUGGGGACCACAAGAUCCAUGUGAGUGCUUAUUCACCACUUGGUGGACCAGGGAAUGCAUGGGGAUCAACGGCUGUGGUUAAUCACCCUAUCAUCACAUCAAUUGCUCUCAAACACAGAGCAACUCCAGCACAGGUUGCAUUGAACUGGGGACUAUCAAAGGGCUCAAGUGUGAUUGUAAAAAGCUUCAAUCAAGAAAGAAUGAAGGAAAAUAUGGGAUCGUUUGAUCUGAGAUUGGAUGAUGAAGAUAUGUUGGAGAUUGAGAAAUUAGAGGAAAUGAAGAUUAUGAGGGGGGAGUUUCACGUUAAUGAAACCACGAGUCCCUACAAAACCAUUGAAGAACUUUGGGAUGGUGAAAUUUGAAGACAAAGACAAGGUUAUGAUCAUUUAAUCCACAGGGGAAGAACAGAAUUGAAGAAAAUUUUGUUUCAACUGAAACGUUUAAUGUCUUCAUUUCAUAAUCCUAGUGCUGAUGGCUUAGAAUGAUCAUAACAAAAGGAAAAAAGAAA